GACUCUUGGCCGAGAUGUCGGCGCAACUUCAAAGGUGAGUGAUGGGCGAAUGUGUGAGGUGGCCGCCUGCGGGCCGGGCUAAAAUGAACAUGCGCACAUGCUGGCGGAGGGGCGGAAAAAUGGGAGGAGUGCCUGACGGAGGAGAUGGAGGAUCGGGUCUGUCCGGCUAAUCAAGCAUCAACUUCAUCAUCAUCAUCGCGGAUGCAGCGUGAACAGUUAGUCAUAUAGGAAGUGCAUGGGUAAUCGGAGGGAAAAGGAGCGGCAUGCUUUGAUAAAUUCGAGAUAAAAUAGUUGAAUUGCGUUGAGAAACUUCG